AUGAUCCGAGGACGUAAACUUCAGAUGAAACAAAGAUCACAGAUCAACGUGAUUUUGCCUUGCGGGGACUCGCGUCCAGGGUCAAAUGACGUCUCUUGGAGUAGAUGUGCCUUCCUCACCAUUCUGUUGGCUCUCCGUCGCUUCCUCGAGGUGUGUCUCCUCUGUCUCCAUCGGGAUGCUCUCGUCGUCCUUCUUGUCCUCAGCCUUACUGGCAGCUUGCUCUUCCUCAGGAACCAUGCUGCUCUGACUGCGUUCGGCUUGCUCCGCUGCCUCUUUCUCUCUUUCCUCCUGCCUUUUGCGAGCCUGUUCCUCUGCCUGUGCAAUUUCGGCGGCAAUUUUUUCCACAUCCUAAAGUUGUGGGAGAUUGGCAAGAUUAUUGGUGGCAUGUGGCGAGAUCUCACUGAUGAAGAAAAACAAGAAUAUUUAAACGAAUACGAAGCAGAAAAGAUAGAGUACAAUGAAUCUAUGAAGGCCUAUCAUAAUUCUCCUGCAUACCUUGCUUACAUAAAUGCAAAAAGUCGUGCAGAAGCUGCUUUAGAGGAAGAAAGUCUACAGAGACAGUCUCGCAUGGAGAAAGGAGAACCUUACAUGAGCAUUCAGCCUGCUGAAGAUCCAGAUGAUUAUGAUGAUGGCUUUUCAAUGAAGCAUACAGCUACCGCCCGUUUCCAGAGAAACCACCGCCUCAUCAGUGAAAUCCUUAGUGAGAGUGUGGUGCCAGACGUUCGGUCAGUUGUCACAACAGCUAGAAUGCAGGUCCUCAAACGACAGGUCCAGUCCUUAAUGGUUCACCAGCGAAAAAUACCUUUUUAA